GAGGAAACGGGGGGCAGCGCCGACGAGGCGGUCAUGGCGCUGCGCUCCGCGGUCCGCCCUGCGCAGCCUCGGAGGCUGGAGGAGCUGGGGCGGCCCGGCAGGUCGGUGCGGCCGCGCCCGGUCCCCCCCCUGCCCUGCCAGGGGCUCCCCGGGAUCGUCCAACCCCGUUCCGUCCCCGAGGCCGCUGGGCCUGAGUGAGAGUUGGGAGUCCGGCGACCAGGAGGCGGUGGGAUGAGGUUACCGGGUGACACUGGGUGCCCUCAGACGGCCGCGGGUGGAUGCUCGGUGGUGGGAAAGGAGGCUCGCUGCUCUUCUGCCCCUCCCUAUGAUAGUUCGCACCUGGCAGGGUGCCGGUCCCUGGCAGAUCGGGGGUGCUCACCCCAACCACGUCCCUCUCCAGAUUGCACUGGGAUGGCUUAGCACAGUGUGGUUUUGGUAGGAUACUGGGAGAUACUGUGCCAAGGUCACGUAGUGCCACCAGGCAGGCAGUCCAAGCGGCAGGAUCUCACUCUGGUGCUGCUUUUGUGCUCACGCCUUUCAGGUUGCUCUGGGCGGGGUUACUCGGCGCUGCCCAAAGCGGCCGUUCCGUCCCCGGGGAUCCCAUGGAUGCUCCCGGGGAGGCAGUGGGCGGUGACGGCACAGACGCUGCCAGACAGGCUCCGAUGUGCGCUGCCUCACUGCCCUGCCACGCUUUGACUGGGUUUUCGCCACGUGCCGUACUGCCAGCAGGACGUGGGCCUGCUGGUGAGCCCAGGCUGCUGUAUGGAGUGGUACGAGUGCACGGGGAGAGAGCUGUGCAAAAAGGGGACAGCUUAGAUUGGAAAGGGUCUUCCUGCUGGACACGGUUUAGGGUGCCCAGCUGCUUGUGAAUCCAUCUGGGAAGGAAACUUUAGUGCAGUCUGGAGGGGCUCCUGCUAGCACAUCUGUUCCCCUGAUUCUUGUUGUUGGAGGAAGCCGGUCAUGGGGGAAACAAGCAAAGAAGAGUAUAAAAUACAGUCAUUUGACAUUGAGACUCAGAAGCUGCUGAAAACAGCACUCAAAGACCCCAGCAAUGUGGACCUGGACAAAGUGGCCAAUAUUAUAGUUGACCAGUCCCUCAAAGACUGUGUGUUCAGCAAGGAAGCAGGGCGCAUCUGCUACACCAUCAUCCAGGCAGAGAGCAAACAGGGUGGCCAGAGCAUCUUCCGGAGGAGCCUGCUGAACCGGCUGCAGCAGGAGUACAAGGACAGAGAGGAUCUGCGCAACCGGUCACUGCAGGCAUGGAUCUGCUAUGUCACAUUCAUCUGCAACAUCUUUGACUACCUUAAGGUGAACAACAUGCCCAUGUUGGCUUUGGUGAACCCUGUUUACGACUGUCUGUUCCGACUAGCACAACAUGAUAGCCUACAGAAGGAGGAAGAGGUGGACUGCUUGGUCCUACAGCUCCAUCGCGUUGGCGAACAGCUAGAGAAGAUGAACUCCCAGCGGAUGGAUGAGCUCUUUUCCCUCCUUCGAGAUGGCUUCCUUUUACAGGAGGGGCUCAGCUCCCUGUCCCAGCUCCUGCUGCUGGAGAUCAUUGAGUUUCGGGCUGCUGACUGGAAGAUGACAGAUGCCGCCCAGAAAUAUUAUUAUAGCGAAGUGACAGAUUAACCCCUCUACAGCAGAGGCAGAGAGAUGUCCACAGCACUUUCACCAGCAAGCUUAAUAUCGAGUUUGAUUUUUUUUUUUUUUUUUUUUAGCACUUCCUGUAAAUAGGAUUUAUACUGGUUAAAGCCUCUGGGCAUAUAACUAUCAUCUAUCACUCUGUGACUGGUGCUAGCCUGAUUUUGGAUGUUUAGACAGAGGCACAUUGAAACCAGCAAGUUCUUCCACUCAUUUUGUUUAAUGAUGGGCUGCUGCAAGCAGAAGGCAAGGAAGGCUUCUAGCUCAAACCAGCGUUUUGUACAAGUGUUAGGGGAAGCCAAGAGCAUUUUGGUUGACCCAAGAGCCAACACUGCUGAGGGAGGCAGAGGGGAAAUAUUUCACAGCUCACAGUACCAAAGCAGGUUGUCUGGGAAAAGUUACAGAAAAUACUGUGGUCAGAUGGAUCACAACAGCUCACCAAAUUACUGCUUUUCACUGACUACUUCCAGCAGACUGGCAGUAUCUGUAUGGGUAUAUGACUGUGGGGCGCUAGCUAUUAAUACCAAAAUCUGGCAGCUUCCAGAAGGAUAAGGGUUCUCAAGCACAUGUAGCUAGAAACAAGUUUUAUAUGUUUUAUACAGUAACUGUUUGGGGUUUUUUCAAAACCUAGUGAGGUUCAAGUAUGGUCUGUUUCCUAUGAGAAUAAGAAUGGGAGAGAAAGAAAGAAAACAAAAUAGUCUACUGGGUGUUUUUUGUAAUAAAAGUUUUCCACUAA